GAGCAUGUAAAAGUUCAUGGGGGAUUAUAGUUUUGGUGGUCUUCGUCUGCCCAAUUCUAAAAUGCACUACUUCUAUCUGGCAGCACAAAUGAGACUUGGUGCAUUCUGCCCACUCCUGGACCCAAACUGAAAUGUAUGCUCUCAAUGACACACACUAGUGUGUGCAUUUUGGAAGACCACAUUUUAUCAAAUAUAAUUUAUAUAAUGACAUAAUAAUUUGAUUUUUGAAAUUUAGGUGAAUGAUAGAUUCAAGCUUCAAGAAUGCGAUUUUGGUAUUCACUUUCACAGUGUUUCUCCCCUCUCCUGAGAAAUGGGAAAAUGUAUCUCAAGCUCACAGAUAUCCAUAUGGAGUUUUGAUGUUAUGAUUCUUCUUUCUCAAUAAAAUUGCAUCUAUUUUAAUGAGAAACACAACAGAUUGCACCAUUUCAAAAUUUGAAAAGGUUUAAAACAAGCAUCCUGGCUAACCGUAGCAUUAUCAAUAUGACGUUGGUAGUUCAGGACAAUAAUAAUAGACUAUAAACUCAAUUCAUGCUCAUGUGAGUGUAUUGAUGACAGUAAUACAUACUUCUGCCUUUCUUCCAGAAGCCAGUGACCUCCGUUCUCUGAAACUGAUAUUAGUGGGGAUGAGCGGAGUAGGAAAGAGUGCAGCAGGAAACACCAUCCUGGGGAGAGAGGAGUUUAAAUCUGAGGCCAGCCCCUCAUCUCUGACCCUGACAAGUGAGGGAAGAGAAGGAGAAGUGUGUGGGAGAAGAGUCAUUGUGGUGGACACUCCAGGCCUCUUUAACACUGAGAUGUCAGAGAAGAAGCUGAGAGAGGAGAUGCAGACAGCCAUGUCUCUGUGUGACCCUGGACCCCGCGCUUUCCUCCUGGUCAUACAGCUGGGAAGAUUGACUCAGCAGGAGAAAAGAGUGAUGGAGACCCUGCAGGAGCUCUUCCCUGAGGGAGUAAAUCAGCACACCAUGGUCCUCUUCACUUAUGGAGACAGGCUGAGGAAGAAAACCAUUGAGGAGUUCAUCAGAAGAGACGCAAACCUGCAGCAGCUCAUAGAGAAGUGUGGGAAUCGAUACCAUGUCUUUAAUAACCAGCAAAUGGAGAAUCACUCUCAGGUCUCACAGCUGCUGCAGAAGAUUGGUAACAUGGUGGCCACUGAGAAGAAGACGUUGGAUGAAGGAGCCAGACACUACCCCAUAAACAGCUCCAGCGCAAAGACGAUCCCUGCUCCUCACUGUCCGCCCUCUGGCUCAGCUAUAGGAACCCAGCAGUCAAAUGAGCUGAGGAUUGUGCUGCUGGGAAAGACUGGAGCAGGAAAGAGUGUAGCAAACUCUAUCCUGGGGGCAGGGGAGUUUAAACCAGAGGCCUCCUCUUCCUCUGUGACAUCACAAUGUAGGAAAGCAAGAAGGGAAGUGGAUGGAAGAGAGUUGAUUGUGAUUGAUACUACUACAAAUCUCAGGAAUCCUAACAUCAUACAGGAGUGCAUCUCUCUGUCCUCUCCGGGACCCCAUGUGCUCCUGGUGGUGAUCCAGCUGAGUGGAUUUGCACCGGUGGAUCAGGAAACAAUGGAAAUCAUUCGCAAAUUCUGUGCCAAAGCAGCCAAAUACACCAUGGUGCUGUUCACUCAUGCAAACAGCCUGGAGGAAAAAACUAUUGAAGAUUUUCUGAGUUACAAUAAUGACCUUGCAGAGUUUACUGAUACGUGCCGUGGUAGAUAUCAUGUCUUUGAGAGUGAGGAGAAUGCGGUCUCAAGCCUGCUGAAGAAUAUUGAUAGGAUGGUGAAAAUCAAUGGAGGACGCUACUACACCAAGGAGAUGUACAUGACGUCUGUCAAUGCGAUUGAAGAGCAGAAGGAGAGGAUUCUGAAAGAACGGGAAGUGGUCAGUCGAAGGGAAGAGGAAGAGCUGAGGAGACAUUUACAGGGAGAUGCCCUAUUGAAAGCCAUACAGCAGCUUCAUGAAAAAUUCGACAGGAAUUUUACAGAGCUGGAUAGGACAUAUCACGCUUUUUUAAUGAAUACAAAAGAAACAAGAGAAAAACAAUGCACUCUACAGUAAAUACCCAUAUUCUUUUUUGCUGAUUUCAACCAGAUAAAUGAUCACUUAAUGCCUCAUCUAUGUUGAUUUAACUUAAUUUUAAGUGUAGGGAGAGCUAACUGAGAUUCAAUUAAACUAUUUUGUUAAAGGUAACCAAGUGCCGCCUAGUAUCCUUAAUGGAGGUGCUUGACCUAAAUUACUUCUGUAGAUGUGUUUUUAAAUGAUAUAUAUGAUUGUGUUUUAAAUGAUAUUAUAUCUGAUGUUUUAAUUAAAUGUCAAAAACAAGGAAACACAUGCUCAUCUAAUGGUUUAUGAAUGAACAGAAAACCUGCACACUGAAAUAUUAAAUAUUAUAUUUACAUGUAAAAUUAACAUUAAGAUUGGUUUUGAUUUUGAAUAUGUGGAUUUGUAACACUGAGCCAGUAAUAAAGUGUUGAUUUUAGACCUGAAAGAAGUGAAGAUGUAAUUCAUUUUUUUCUAUUUCUUUGUAGUUAAUUGUUGUUCCUGUGUUGUUUAAUGGUCAUGGGGCAGUUCACAAUCAAAUCUGAUCAUAUGCACGUUUUGUGAAUGAGGCCCGUUGUUUGUAAAUUUGUGGUCAUUUUUCUUAUUUCUGUGGAAAAUAUCAUACUGACUAGGGUUGAACCCCGGGAAACGGGAUCCCAGGAAAUCCUGGAAACCUCCAGAAAAUAGUUUGCCCAGGAAUUCCCAACUAUAUAAUAUAAUAUAACACAAUAUAGUGGUGCAGUGGGUAACAAUGUCACCUUACAAGAAGGUCACAAGAAAGCGACUUACAAUAAGUGCACACCGAAGGUGAUUGGGACAACUA